AUGGACCAACUCAAAAAGCUCACCCGCAAGGUAAAAGCAACCCUCACCGACAGCCCCCCCUCCUCCCCCGAAGAACCCCCUCGAUCCUUCUUCAACACAACCCCUCCCCCGCUCCUCCGUCGAGUCUCCAACCGCCUCGCAACAGGCCUCAAAGAUCUCAGAGACCGCGGGCCCCCUCCCUCUCCCUCCUUCCGCCCUCCCCAAAAUGAAUCCUCCAGCAGCCUAGUCCCCAUCAUCCGAAGCCUAUCCCGCCGCGGCGCUGGUGGCGGUAGAACCAGACUGAUCCCCCACCUCCCAUACCGCAUCCCGGACCCGGACCCCAUGGCAUCCUCUGGCGGCGGAAGAAGCACGAACCCGGGCGCCGUGAACCACAUCCGCGAUAAGUUUGUCCGGUGGACGCCCCGUCCGGACGGGGAGUACGACGCCCGUUGGAAGGGCGCCUGUAUCCCGACGGGCGAGCACGUGGCGAAGAUGCUGGAGUGGUAUACCCAGCGUGACGUCUACGAGUUUCCCUUCAUCGGUACCGUCACGCGGAUGAGCUGCGGCGCGACAAACGCGUUCUACUUUGUCGAGUUCGAGCCCAGUUCCAGACCCGUCGGCCAGGGUAAGGCGUCGCCGCUCCCGCGACAGGUGAUCCUCAAGCUCAGCCUGCCCGUGUGUCCCCACGAGAAGCUCGAAGCCGAGGUUGCGGCGAUGCUGUUUGCCAGGCAAGUAUCCCCCGCCGUGGUCCCUCAGAUUCUCGUCUUUGACUCCGUCGGUAGGAACCCGCUCGGGUUGGAGUGGGUGAUUAUGGAAGUGCGCACCGGGUUCCCUUUGCUCAGUGCGUUCGAGGAGAACUACAUCCUCGCUGCGCACGAUCUAAACAUGGCUAAGCAGGAUACUGGCUUGGAAGGGUUCGGGGACAUAUCGCCCGAGACGAUGCCGUCCCUGAGCGACGAGGACACGAAGGCCAUUGCGAGGGAAGUACAGCUGUUUCUUUCGGAGUUGCAAGGCUCUCUACCGACCAUCCCUAAGAACCAGGUGAGUAUUGGAAGUCUUCGGAUCGACUGGUCAAAGAAAGAGUUCUUCACCGGCCCCAUAGUCCAUCCUCACUUCUACAGCUCUGACAGAUAUUGGCAAGUGCGGAAUAACGGGCCUUUCAGAUACAUUGAAGAUUACAUCGACGCCUACACGUCGGUCUGGGAGCCCGAGUUCAUAAAGAUUGCCCGGGCAAUGGCAAGCCGUGUGAGGUUCAGUGUCCCGAAUCCGAUCGUGGUCGAAAGUACUGGUGGCAGCGUGGACGGCUGGCCUGUCAGUUUAGUUCAUCCUGAUCCUCACCCAGGCAACAUUCUCUUCAACGGAAACCGGAAAUUGGCGAGCAUCAUGGGUUGGGAAGAUGCGGUCUUGAUACCAGCGCCGCUGCGCAACCUGCCCGCAGCAUUAGAUUGGGCGAUGCAACUCCACGGAGUGACUGAUGCCAUUGAUCCUAUGCAGGUGAAUGUGGUUGAGGCUUUGCCCAUUCGCAAAGAGCGAGUACUACUGACGCUGCAGGAAUGGGCAAAGAGACGUGUCUCCGAGUCACUUGAACCUGUGAUGAACUUUCAAGGGGGGAUCGAUGCCUCUUUCCAAGCAUUGAAGAUAGCCUGCGAGGAGAUGAUGCGGCAGAGAAGUAUAGAUUGGAUUGAGCGUGUCCAUUCCCAGCUCGUUGGCCAGUCUCACAGGGAAAGGUAGGUCAAGCCUUGUGUGCACAGAAGGCGCGGGUAGGGUAGAAGUUCAUAGACAACCCAAUAUUCUGACAACCAUGCAAGAGGUUCUCUCACACCGACGUGCAAAGUGAUAUGGAGCAAGGGUGUAGAUAGCCUCACACUCUGUGAGGAAUACUGCGCCCCAUCAGUGCAGUCAAAUGAACAAGAUCGAAGUAGAUCUUGGGGGACGGCUGUUAGGAGGAGGUGCUCCGGGGCCCAUGCAUCCAUCACAUUGAGGAUAAAUA